AUGGAAGCUUUAGUAACUGGUCAAAAUGCUUUGCUAGAAAGUCCUACAGGAACAGGAAAAACAUUAGCACUCUUAUGUUCAUGCUCUUCAUGGUUAAAAGAAGCAAGAUCCAAAUGGUAUAAUGAGAACUAGAAAAAGAUAUAGGAAUACGAUAUGAAAUAAUGCUUUGAUAUGGACAACUUGAGCAAGUCUACAAAGAAAUAGGAAAGUUAAAGUUUCAUCUUAAAACUAUUACCCUAGGAUCAAGAGAUUAACUAUGCUGCAACAAUGAAAUUGAUAAAAAUGAAUACUUUAGAAUAAUUUAAAAGCGAUAGUGAAAUUGAUUAAUUGAUGAAUAAAAUCCAAGAAAUUGAAGAGUUAGAAUAAGGAGCUAGUAGUUGCUCAUAUUAUGAAAAAGCAAAGGAUAAAAAUACUUACAAAGUUUUUGAAAAUCUUACAAUAAGCGAGUUAGCCAAUAAAGGUUAGGAUAUAAAGUUUUGCCCGUUUUUUUCAUAGAAAGUAUUCAUUCAUGAGGCAGAUAUAAUUUUGAUUCCUUACAACUAUUUAGUAAUGCCUUAAAUUCUUGGCUCGAAAGGCAUUGAACUCGAAAACAGUAUUAUUAUAAUUGAUGAAGGACAUAACAUAGGCAAAAGUGUAGAAGAAAUGAGCAGUUUCGAAUUCACUCUAGAUCUAUUGUAAAGAUGUUCUGAUGAACUGCAGAAUUUUAAGGGGUAUAUUCCUUUAUUUCUUGAAAAUACAUACUUUGAAGUUUAAUCUCAAAUUUAAGAAAUACAAUACAAAAUUUUCAACUUAGAGAGCGAUCAAUUGGAGCUAUUAAGAAGUAGAAAUAAAAAAUAGGGAUAAGAAGGUUUCAUUUAAAUUGAUCUAGAUAAAUUAGCAGAGUUUCUAGGGAUGAAUAGUACUCAAAAUAACAAUGAUUCAAGACAUUCGAGUUGUUUCAAAUAGAUGAUAUUUUAAGGGUAAAAUGAAUAAACUCGAGUAAUCUUAAAAUUCGAGGAAUAGCAAUAAAAGGUAUUUGAGAUAAUCAAAUAUAUUAUGAGUUGCAAGAGAGCAAAAUUAGAUGAUAUUUACAAUUAUUAAACUGAAAAGGAGAAUAAGAAAUGA